CGUGAGGCUAGCAAAACAAUCUCAAAAUGGCAGACUACGAUUUCACGUGUGGGGCUACAACUUCAGUUUCAAAGGGAUGUUUCGUGUUCAAAGCCAAGAAGAGACGUCAGCCUCUUUAUCCCGGAGAUUAUUUCAUACCUGAAAGCAAAGCUGAAAGCAGUAAUGAUUGUAAGCUGAGAUUUGAGACUGGAGAUGCCCAGUGGGAGCUUAUCAAUGAUGAUAUUGAGACUUUACAGGCAGAGAUCAACAAAACACUUUUUGAUGAUCUUCUAGACUUCAUCAAGAAUGCUCAGGCAGGAUUCAAGAUGGAUGAGGAUCUGGGAUCAAGUAGGUCCAGGCCUAAGCUUAAGGAGAUCCCAACUGCGGCAUUUGUAACAGGGGUGAAUGUAACCGACCAUCAUGAUGUCUUUACCAAGCUAACAUCAGUCUUCCAAGAGAGAGUGAGCCCUCAUGUGGUCAGUCUUGUGUCCAGAGAUUGUGCAACAUUGAAAGGCCUGAUGGGAAUGGUGGUGUCACAGCUCAUGGGUAUAGAAUAUCUGGCUUCUGAAGACGAAGAAACUAAACCAGAAGUAAAUCUGAAGAAGGUCCCCUGUACAUUUCCUGUACUACAGUCAUGGUAUCAUGACAAUGUAAAGAAAAGAAAGUUACCGGGUGCCACAGCAACGUUCAAAUCGCCUCGUAGAUCAAGGAAACGAAAGUCAAUGACAGGAACGGUCUCCUAUCCUGAGUAUCCUCCUAUCAUCAUCGUCCUUGAAGACUUUGAAGGGUUCAAGCCUGUAGUCAUACAGGAUUUCAUUCAUAUCUGCAGUCAAUAUUUGGAAAAGCUCCCUCUGGUGUUGACCUUUGGUAUAGCUACAUCAGUGACAGUGAUCCAUCGUCUACUACCUCAGUCUGUAUCAUCGUGUUUGAGUAUUGAGAAAUUCCAGGCUCAACCUUCCUCAACCUACCUCUCACAAGUCAUUGAUAAGGUGUUGUUGACAGCCAAACAUCCAUUCAAGCUAGGGUCAAAGGUCUUCCAGCUCUUACUAGAUCUCUUCCUCUAUCAUGAUUUCUCUGUUAUGAACUUUGUUCAAGGUUUACAGUAUACAGUUUUAGAUCAUUAUUUCUCCCAGCCACUGAGCAUCUUAUGCUGUCGCUAUGGCGAUGCUAUCAACAGAACUCGAAACCUAUCACAUGAUCAGUUAGAGCUCUUCAGACAGGCCUCAUCUUUCAGGAGGUAUGUUGAUGGUCGACCUGUUAGUGACCAAAGAGCUCUUCUCUUAGAUGAUAAACAUAUGAAGAAAACCCUUCAAGAGCUUCUGAAGAGAAUUAAUGAGUACCACAAAGCAUUUUUCCCUGUGGUGGAAUGUCUUCACAUCCUAUCUGAGGGACUGCCUUACCAUCCUCUUGGCAAACAGAUGAGAGAGCUCUUUGCCAUGGCAACAGAUGAGAAUAUAUUUGAAACAGAUGGAUAUCAAGAAGCUUUCAAAUUUUUGAAAAUGCUAGCUCGAGACGAAUUGAUCAAUAAGAUGACAUUGUGUGAAGAAGCUCUGUCAACCUGUGAUGGUUUACAAGAAGAGAGAUUUCAAUUGGAAACACUCCAAGCAAAGAUGGAGACACUAGGAGAUAAUUAUAACAUGCCUGUCGAGAUAGACAGCACAGAGGAUGAAGGAGGUGAGGCCGGUGUAGAAAGCAGGAUGCAGAAUGGUCAUGACACAGAGGGCGGUAGAGGGGCAAAGGAAAAGACAACACUUCAUACAUUACAACAGAGGUUAAUGACCAGUGCGAAGAAGAAGAAGAAGAUGACACGAUAUGAAAUACUCAGGAAUGAAAUACUGGACUUCUUUGAUUCAUUAUUUAGCAAGUAUCUACUAUGUCCCAAGACCAUACCUCUUCAUGAAGUGUUCUAUUACAACAAUGUAUCAGAGAUUAGACAACGUCUCAAUGCACCGCCAAGGUCAGCAAUACAGACUGCACUCAGUAACCCAAACUACUAUCUACAGAAUUCUGAUUGUGAGAAAUUAGAUGAAGGGAUCACUAGUUCACUACCUGAUGUGUGUAUUGUAUACAAGCUUCAUCUGGAAUGUGGAAGGCUUGUUAAUCUUUAUGAUUGGCUGCAGGCGUUCAUCACAGUGAUCCAAGGUGAAUGUGACACAGGAAAUGAUGAUACAUCCAAGAAACCUGAUUCAGUAUUACAAGCACGUUUCAUCCGAGCUGUCUCCGAACUCCAAUUUCUAGGAUUCAUAAAACCUACCAGGAAAAAGACAGAUCACGUUGCUAGGCUCACAUGGGGUGGUUGCUAAGAUGAUGGCUACUGUCUCCUCUCAAGUGUUUCAUCUGAUUUGUCUCUGAGCUUCAAUUGCUUGGCUUCAUCAAACAUACCAGGAAAAAGACGGAUCAUGUUGCUAGGCUCACGUGGGGUGGUUGCUAAGCUGACGACUAUUCCCUCCAUAUGUUUUAUCCAAGCAUCUCUGAGGUUCAAUUUCUUCGCUCAGACUUACAUGGGGAGAAAAGGCACAUGAGACUUUACCCUUAAAGAAUACAGGUAAUAGUCUUUAUGGUCUUGAUGAAAUGUGGAAGUAUUUCACAUUUGUUGUUCAUAUUUGUUUUCAUUCCUUAUUUUUACAUUCAUAUUCAUUUGUGGAAUUAAUUUCCACUUAAUUCCAAAGUAUUCUACAUCAAUUUAAUCGAUAAAAGAUCUCAUAUUUGAAUUAGUUAUAAUAUAUUUAUUAUAUCAAUGCCAGUUUUGAUGCCGUCACUGAAUUUUACGAAGUAGGCUGAAAAUAAUCAGAUAAUCAUACAGUUCAUUAAAAACAAUAAAUGAUUAUGCAAUAUUGGUGUUUGUUAAUCCAUAGUUUUGACACUGUGAAUUAAAAUAUUCAAAGUACAUUGUUACAUAAUUUAUUAUGAUUGUAAAUGAGAUGAUUUUCUGAAAUGUCUACAAUCCAAUUGAAUAUGAUUAAAUUUAGUCUAAUAUUGAUUUUGAUUAUGGUAUUAAACCCUUUAACCCAAUAUAUAGGGCCAAUAUUAGGAUUAAAUGCAUCAUUGUGUUCAAUUAAUCAUGUUAAUCAAUUUUAUGAUCAAUCUCAAAGUCCUAUGAUACAGGGCCCUGAGCAGUACAAACUAAGAAAGCUGACCAGGGGCCCGUAACAAAAAGCUUAGCAAUGAUCGUAGAACAGUUUUCUACGAUCGAUUGCAUAUACUACAAUGUACAAUUGAUCGUAAAAAAGUGUACGAUUAAUUGCUAACCUUUGUGAUACGGGACCCAGGCCCAGUUUCAUGAAGUUUGUUCAUCGUUAUAUUUGCAAUUAUUGUAACUACCACAAAAACCAUGAUAUUGAUUGGCUGAUGAACCCUAUGUUACAGUUUCUUUAAUCAUCAGUUCUGUUGAAACAGGGUUAGAUGAUAGCACUGCAAAAGAGUAGGCUUCUGUGUAUUUGCCAUUUGAUGAUGAAGAAGCAAGAUUUGUUUAUAAACUAGUUAUUUGAUUUGAUGAUACUAAGAAUUAAAUGACUUAUUUAUGCAAAGUUCUGUCAAUUGUAAUUUUGGCUUUCUGGUACCUAUGCACUACCAGGGACUUCAGCCCCUUUAUUCUGACAAUUUCCCAUCGACUUCCCUUUAGCGGCAUAAAAUCACCAACUGAAUCCCAGCCCCCAUACCAUGGGGGAAUUUGUCUAAUUGCGGAUGAAGUCACGGCCCAUUGAAACCACAAGGCAAGGACCGGAAGUGUUGAUGUAUACAUUUCCUAUCUAUGCAUUGCUUAUCAAAUUUGUUGUAUGGCAAAUAGCCGUUAGGUCCCAGACACCUGUGGACCAGAGUCACAAUUGAAAGGUGUAUUAUGCAAUAAGCUUUUAAGACCAAAGUCGAUAGAAGCAUGUGGCUGUCUCCCCCACCUUAAUUAAUGUACAACAUCAUUAAGUAAUGACUAAUGAUGAUGAUAGUAAUGAUGAUCAAAAUAAAGAUGAUGAUACUGUAGCUUAUUUAAUUCUUGGGAGGGUUUCAUCAACACUUUUGUCCAAAAAGUUGUCAGAUCUGACAACUUUCCUUGAUUUUGAUUGGCUGAGAAGCACUUUUACUAUGGUAACUGUCAGAAAAAUGGUACUUGUCGGAUAAAUGUCUGACAAGUUCUUACAUGAAAUUGUCCCCUGGUUUUCAUGAGAAAUAUGAAAUAAAUUUAUUAUGCAUCCUUCCUUUAUACUAUUCCAAUAUCAUAUGUUUAGUCUGAUAUUGAAAGUGAUUAUAUUCAUCUUAUUACAGUGGAGCAGUUACAGAUGUGAUACCUUUCAUUCCGUUAACCACCUUGAAACAUUUCCAGGAAGAUGGAGCAAGAAUGUACAUUUUUGUAAAGUGUUGAUUUUGUACAUGGAAAAAAUGAAUUGAUUUUGUACAUGAAAAAAAAAAAGUGUUUUUAUUGUGUAUAAUCUGUUUUGUUUUUUUCUCCAAGUUAUAACUUUUAUUUCUUGGACCUUCCAUGGGGUGGGGCAAGUCAAUAUUUUUUUUGACAAUUUUAGAUGAUUUGUCUCUGUUACCUUGUUCAUAUGAAAAGUUGUAUUGCUCUCAAAUUAUGGCUCGAGUAGCUCAUGAAUGGAGAAACAUGAGGGUUUGAUGAACAAAAAGGUUGAUUUUAUGGAAUUGCCCAGGACCUGUGGUAUGAAAGCUUAUUAUUAUGGCAACUUAAUCAUUAAAAAUACCAUAAAACCUUAUUUUUCAUUGUCUGCUUGGCCCUGCAACCGUGGUACGGUAGUUCUCAAAAUGGCAAGGCUUUCAUAUUAAAAUUUAUUGCUUUCAGAAUAAUGGUUGCACUUUUUUACCUUUUCCAAGCUUUAUAUAUACAUUAAUUCCUUGAUUUAUUUUACUCUUUCUUUUUUAUUCAACCUCUGGGUCCUUCAAGCACUGGCAUACAGACGGGGGAGUCACAACUAAGAAAAAAGGGAAAGGAAAAAAGUUGAAAUAUAUUUUUUUCUGGAUAGUGUCACAAUUUAUCAGACAAUUUGUAUGUCAAUUUUUUUUGCUCGCUCACAACUUUUAUAGAAAUUUUGCCCCAUAUGCUAUGUCAGCCCCCCUCAAAAUAAAUUUUUGAUUUAUUA